AUGCGAUCUGUAAGUGUCUUCUUCUGCCUCUACUGCGUCCUCUACGGCUGGUGUCUAACGCCGUCUAGAGACAGCAACGGCCGUCCAGGACAGCCUCCCUGCAAGCGAUGCCACAACGAGAACCUCAAAUGCGAGCUGGGGACCUCCAACCGCGGCGGGAAGAGAAUCAGAAAUACCAUCAAGGCCUCUGCCGGCGCAUUGGGCUCGUCCAGCGCGGUGCCACAGCCAGCCAGGCCGCUGGAGACGUCCAUCAGCCCGCAGAGUACGGAGAAUUACAACCACAGCAGAUACAUAUCCCCUUACAACGACCAUGACCGCUACGGCCCGUCGGAGGAGCACCGCGGUACCUCGAUAGAAGACGACGACGACGACGACUCAACCAGCGAGAGCGCAAUCGGGUCUGGCGUGCCCCGGAAUCCCUCUGACGCCUGGCAGCGGCUGACCAACGUGGCCAAGCGAGGCACAGAUGCGCCCAAGGUCGAGGACGGAGGCGAUGGCACGGCGAGCGCCAACGGACACGGUGCAAAGAAGGGGAUCUUCGCCUACCGUCUGGUCGAGAACGAAGUGCUGACUCGAGGCCUGGUCAUGCAGCUCCUCACCCGCUAUGCGGAUAACUACCACUGCUAUUUCCCUCUGGUGCCGCGCAAGUACUUCGACCCAGCCUCCCUCGACGAGUUCGCCAUGAAGGAGAAGCAUCUCCUCACCGCAGUGCUCACCGUGGCCUCCAAGGAUCUCACCAGCAUGCCUCACGUCCACGAGGGAUGCUCAAAGUAUAUGCUCGAGCUGAUCUCGGGCGUGGCCGCGGGCGCAGACUGCGACGUCGAGGCGGUAGAAGCACUCCUGAUACUGGCUGAAUGGGAGCCCCAGGGCCUCCGUCCGUCAAUCGAGCCCGUCGGCCGCGGCGAGGAGGAUCGUGCUGCCUGGAUGCAUGUCGGUAUCGCUCUGCGGUCAGGCUACUUUCUCGGCCUGGACAAGACGUCCUUCCGCAACGAUACCUCGACGGGCGACACUCAGACUGACAACCGCAAACGGCUGGCCUGGGCAAGCUGCUACGUCUCAGACAGACUGAUAUCGGUGCGUAUCGGACGCGCGUUUUGGUCUCGAGGCCCCGGGCCCAUGACCGGCCUUGUCAGCCAUGAUUUCCCGUCACUGCAGCCCCAGAGCCCGCACGAUGAGGAUUACUCGAAGAUCUUCCAGGCCAUUCUCGACCUGACACAGCUGUAUGGGAACGUUCACGAUGUCCUCUAUUCUGGCAUGCGUACGAGCAGGAAUAUGAUGCUCAUGGGUGAUUAUGUCAAGUAUAUCGACGAUUUCCGAGUCGCCAUUUCGAGAUGGUACCGCCUAUGGGGCAAGAUGCAGUGUUCUGGACAUCUCAAUGUGAUGCUUCAGAUGUCGUAUGAGUAUCUAAAGCUGUACACCAACGCCUUUGCCUUCCAGGCCGCAAUUUCUCAGGCCCUACACAAGCCAAAGAGUGACUCUGCACGUUCAUUCGGUGUCAUAAACCAGGCGGAAGAAAUAACUAUACGCAAAAUGAUCGAUGAAACGAUAGACAGGCUACGCAGAGCCAGUGCGAGCCCCGACGAUGUUGGCUAUCGUUACGCCCGUCUCUUAGAACUGCUCUGGAAGCCAAAGAGCUCACACUCCACCAACCCUGUUCCAAUCACCACGAACGGCAUCACCGGCAGCAGCAAUAUCACCAGCAACAAUAACAACAACAGUAGCACCAAUAACAUCUUUGCCAACACCAACACCGCUCCCGUAAACAACAACAGCAGCAUCAAUGCCAUGCAUGGGCCUCAGCCAUCCAACGGCAUGCAUGAACUCCCGACAACCUGUCUCCCGGAACCAACUUAUGUGCAGUUCAGUCCUGCCAACGACUUUUCCUGGCUCGAUCUUGAGGCUGUCGGCGACUUUGUCUCCGGCGACGCAGUUACGGCUCCUACUAUACUGGGGUUAGACUCCUUUCAAGGCCUAGACACGGGGUAUCAAGCUGAGAAUCAUGAUCAUGGAUCGCAGGUUUGGCCACCGAGUUGGUUGAAUAACCCUCGUCCCUCUGUUGGUUACGCUUGCAACAAGGUGAGACGAGACGACAACGACAAGAUGGCUACGUUGAACAAUGUUGAAGGACGCCUUGCACUGGUCACCGGCGCCUCGAGCGGUACGAUCAGUAUCGGUGCAGCCUGUGCUCGCAGACUCGCCACUAGGCAUGUCCACCUGGCAUUAACCUACUCCAAGAAUGCGGAUGGGAUGAAGGCUACUACCAAGGAUAUCAAGGAAUCCCUACCGUCGACCAAUCUCCACAUAUCGAUCCACCAAGUUGAAGUCGGCCAGUCCGAGCAAAUCGAUAGGUUAUUCGCCGAAAUCCAGGCGGAGCAUAACGGCCGCUUACCCGAUAUCUUAGUCUCCAAUGCAGGAUACGUUGUGAAGAUACCGCAGAUAUGGGACAUCUCGUUGGAAGAAUUUGACCGUACUAUCGGUGUGAACCUGCGGGCCUCUUUCAUCCUUGUCAAGGGCGUGGUUGAGCAUAUGAAGGCGCAGCGAUGGGGGAGGAUCGUGUUCAUGUCCUCCAUUUCAGCCCAUGGAGGAGGCGUCAAUGGGUGUCAUUACGCAGCUUCAAAAGGAGGCAUGACCGGCAUGAUGAAGAACCUGGCAACUCGCCUGGCAGAGUUCAAUAUCAGCGUGAACGACGUCGCUCCAGCCAUGAUUGGGGAGACCGGAAUGAUCCCUGAUGCUCGUGCAAUCCCAGAGGUCGCUGGCACUAUUCCGUUGGGCCGACUCGGUACUCCAGAUGAGGUUGCCAACGUCGUAGAAAUGUGUGUGACGACCGGUUACUUGACUGGACAGAGCAUCCUCCUAGCCGGAGGGCUCAAGUAG